AUGUAUCGUCAAAUACGGCUUGACCCAACUCAAACGUCAUUGCAUAGAGUAGUGUGGAGGGAAGAUCCAUCGCAUAAUAUCAAGAUUGGCGAGUUACUUACUUUAACUUAUGGGACAGCCUCAGCAUCAGCCAUAGCUACCGAAUCCUUGGAGCAGUUGGCAAAAUCCAAAAUGGAUAAAUAUCCUAAGGGAGCUAUAGCAGUACUCAAAGGCUUUUACAUGGACGAUUUUGUUUACGGAGAAGACGACGAAGAAGAAGUAUUGAAGAUUCAUAGGCAAGUAACGGCCUUACUUGCUGAAGGAGGUUUCAGAAUUCGCAAAUGGGCAUCCAACAGCAGCGGCGUUCUAAAAGAGAUAUCACAAUCGUCAUCAAAGGAUUACUUACUAGAGUUAGAUAAGGAUGGAGCUGCUAAAACAUUAGGUGUCGUCUGGAAUCCAAGCAAGGAUGUUUUUCUAUACAGAAUAUCAAUUAAAGCGUCUGCUACACAAUCACACACGAAGAGAUCCAUCCUAUCGCAAAUCGCACAAAUAUUCGACCCAUUAGGAUUGUUGGGUCCAGUUAUAAUUACUGCAAAGAUAUUGAUGCAGCGUCUUUGGAAGAUGAAAAUCGACUGGAACGAAACGUUACCCAGGCAGAUUCGUACGGAGUGGUCUACCUACAUCCACGAGCUACAGGACCUAGAGAAAAUCAGCAUACCACGGAAGAUCGUUCGGAGUGGACAAGGCGUUCGUAAAGAAAUCCACGGAUUCUGUGACGCAAGCGAACACGCUUAUGGUGCUUGUGUAUACAUGCGCAGCAUCGGAACGGACGGAGUAGCGGAAGUACAUUUAAUAUGUGCCAAAUCUAGAGUUGCACCCCUUAAAGUACUGUCCACACCAAGACUGGAACUUCAAGGUGCCGAGUUAUUAUCUGAGCUUAUGGAAAAGGUUGCAAACGCCCUGGAAGGGAAAAUCGAGGAGAAAUUUUACUGGACAGACGCAAAAAUAGUGCUGUAUUGGAUUCAGGCCAGCAACAAGAAGCUACCAGUCUUCGUGGCUCACAGAGUAGGCAGUAUUCAAGAAAGAACAGCUGUUGAUAAUUGGAGACAUGUCGGAAGUAAAGAGAACCCGGCAGAUUUGAUUUCACGUGGCAUCAGCGCCAAGGAAUUAAUGCAUUCGCAACUCUGGUGGGAAGGACCGCAAUGGUUACGGUGUAAUGACCUGCCGGAAAGCCAGCAAAAAGUGACGGAAUACGAUGAAAGUCAGCUUGCGAAAAACGACAGAGCAAGAGUAGUUACAGUAGCUAGCUGUCAGGAAACAAGUCCGUUCUACAAAUUUUCUACGUUCACUAAGGUUAUACGGAUAGCAGCCACAUGUUUACGAUUUGUUCAUAAUUGCAAACGGCAAAAACAUUACGGACCAUUGACAGUCGACGAGUUGGAAGAAGCAACUAAAUGUCUAAUACGCAGAGAGCAGGCAAUAACGUUUUCCAAGGACAUACAAGAUUUAACGAGGCAAGGAACUGUAUCCAAUCAAAGCAGCCUAAAGCAUUUGACGCCUUUUAUCGACGAAGAAAACUUAAUUCGAGUAGGUGGCAGACUACAACACGCGAACUUACGGUCGGACGUCAAGCAUCCUUGGUUAUUGCUCCAGCGUUCAAAAGUCACGGAGCUCAUCAUCGAGCACGAACAUCGAAAACUCAUGCAUGCUGGUUCGGAGGCCACUUUAGCUGCGAUGCGACUCAGGUAUUGGUCCCCCAAGGCGCGCGGUACCAUCAGAAGAGUACUUCGGAGAUGUAUAAGAUGCUUUAAGGCUAAGCCGAAAUUUUCGGAACAAUUGAUGGGAGAUCUACCUACUCAUCGUGUAAUACAGUCAAGACCAUUCAGUCAUACUGGUGUAGAUUUUUGCGGACCAAUAUAUGUUCGUGAGGGUUCGCGAAAAAAUGCCUAA